UGCCGUGGCAACGGGUCGCCGAGGAGGACCAGGACCCGCCAUCUCCAAGUCCCUUGGCCGUGGUGGCCGAGGAGGGGACGUUUUGGCUGGAAGAUUAGAGAACUAAGAUUUCGCUGAGGAGAGACAAGGACCAGGUGAUCCAGCCAUGCCUUCCGAGGGGAAAUCCGACAUGGACAGGAUCGGCCUUUUCAGUGAGAUGGAGUACAUCACCGUCGGGGACCGAUAUGUCUCCCAUUAUAACCGCCCGUUCAACGAAGCCGCCAGCAAGAAGAAACAGAUGCUCCCCGGAGGCACCAAGGUGAUGUCCGAUCUCCAGCCGGGCUACUUCGAACCCCACUUUAUCAGGACCUUCGAAGGUGAGGGCUACACGAAUAUGAACCAGCUUCGGAGACGGUAUCUGCUGGAGGAGACCAAAAAGAACUUAGGCAAAGCCUUCCUGCCCAGUAGCGGAGAGAAGAAGCCGAGCGGACUAGGAAGCUACUACGGGACCAUAGGAGGCCCGUGCCCCUUCUUCAGCGGACAAGCCAAAGUCAGAGACAGAUAUGUUGCUCCCGGGAAGAAUAUAUACACAAACCCAGGCAAGAAAGGAACCGGAUACGGGUAUCCCAAUCUCACCAUCGGCAAGCAGCUUUCGCACUCCUCAGAUUUCUAUGACGCCUCCAAGGACAAUCUGAAGAAAGAGAGGGAAGCCCACCACAGCCUGCUCAAAGGGACCGCUUUCAAGCUGAACCUGUACCCAAAGGAAUACUUCGACCCCAACCCUUACUUCCUGGAAAACCCUUUGCCCCCCCUGAAGAAGCCAGAGAAGACCAAACGCACGGGUCCACCAUUUAAACCAACUUCGCCCUCUAAAAAGCCAGGUGGCAUGAAGGCCGGCACGUUUGACCCCUACCCUGCCCAUUCCAAUGAACCUUUUGGGGUGAAACAACUCCAAACCAUCAAGACGAAAUCAGGAAAGAUCUUCCACCCUCCCAGUGGACCCAAAAGCCGACCAAUCUCCAGUAUAAUGGCCACCAACAUCAAAAAAUCGUUAAAUGCAAUGAAUUACAAGAACGCAAACGUGAUCUCCUAUUAGCAUCUAAGAGAGAGGGGACACCUAGCCUGGUGGUAGAAAUUGAUGAGCAAUUUGUAGUCACUGUUUGAAUAGUCACUGUUUGAAUAAAAAUAAAUGACAGGAAGCCUGUGGAUGAGACAAAUUUA